CCCCCGCGGCCCCGGGGAUGAACGGGGACGGCGGGGCGGGGGACCGGGAGCAGCUGGAGGGUUACGCGGAGUUUGAGGCUCUUCACGCGGCCGCGCUUCAGGCUGCGGGGCUCCCGAGGAUCUACUGGAAAAGUCUGCACCGCAAGAUCCGCGACGAGGUGUUCGACGCUGGAGAGGUGUUUGGGAUCGUGCAGAUUCACUCGGACUCGGACUCGGACUCGGCCCCCGGCAUCAUCGGGUCCAAGGUGGUGGUGACGCGGGCGAGCGGCCUCCAGACGGACGACCCCGACAGGUGA